UUUAAGUGCAUUGAGCUAAUCGGUGACCGCUCGCUCUUGCUCUGCUUAUCCCAUCUUCACCUGUAGCGAUUCAUGCACUGAACUCGCGAUGUUUUGCAGCCGCCUGUAGGUGGAGUCAGAAAACAUUUGCUGAUCCGCCGCGCUUCUCGACACGUCCAAUCUAAAAAUCCGCCAUACCGGACACCAGGCGCGCAGAGCCCGACGCCUCCGAGACUAGUCACGGCUGUGAGUCUGACCUCUGAAACGCAAGCCUGCAGCACAUAUGAAUGCUCCGUAGUGUGCAAGAAAACACUAAAUCUGAGAAAAGGCCGACUGGGAGUCAACCUUGUGGUGCACCAAACGAAGACAUGCAUAAGAAGGGAUGAAGUCAUCUCCUGUGUUUUAUGGCCAGCAAAAAUCAUCAAUGAAUGCAGUGAUCGAUCAGCCCACCGCUAAAGAUGCCUCGAUGGUGUUGCCUUCUUUCGCCCGUAUGCGCAUAAUGACGUGGGAGAGGUGUGGGAAGCGGCAGGUUGUUAUCUAUUAAUACAGACAGCCCUAUUGAUUAUUCAGCUCAGCUGCUUCGCCGCCUGUCAGUGCAGUGCCCAGUUAUCAUUGCCCACCGGACCACUGGGACUAGGAUAUGGGCUCACCAUACGGAACGCAGCACUGUAUCCGUUCAAUUGAUGAAUAAAUGAAAUUGGCGUCUCUCGCGCUUAUCAUGCACGCGGACCCUCCGCCGUCACGCGGAGCGCUUCGGCUAAUGGAAAUACACCCGAACUGAAACACGGUGCGAUGUGUUCGUUUUGGAAAUUUAAUAAGGUGCGAAAUAAAACGCCGCUUGAGUGCCGUGGCGCAUCGGACCGGGUCGUAAUCCACGCCGUGGCCUGUGUGUGAAACGCGCCGGAGAAUGGAGAAGUUCCUGCAGAUAGCCCCCCAUUCCCUGGCCAUAGUGCUGUCCCGGGUCAGCACCGACGAAUCAGCCGCGGUCACGGAGAAGCUUCAGCACCAUCACACCGGCUACGAGAUAUUCGCCGACUUCAAAGCGGAGAACAUGCAGCACUUCUGGAAUAAGAAAGUCACGGACGCCAUAUCGGAGACGUUCUUCUUGGGCUGGAUAGACGAACAUGUUCUGCUCAUUCAAGGCAAAGAGGACCAUUUGGAGGUCCUGAGGGAAGGAUGGACACGGAGGGCCCUAAAACCACCCCGGGGUUUCGAGAUCAAGUGCAUAGGAAAAUUCUCAUAGCUGACAGAGAGAGAGAUCGAGAGAGCGGUUACAGGGGUGGAAAAUUAUGAGGUGUACUUAUCCAUUGCUGCCAUCUAGAGGCAUGGAGGAUCUACAUCCAGUCUUUUGCAUCAUUGUGACUGAUAGUUUUUAGUAUUUCAAUGUAAAU